AAGCUUGUAAGAAUAAAGAAAUCCAAAUUAAUUUGUUGAUGCAGGUGACAUAUUGUAGGAUGAAGUAUGCCUUGAUACAGUUGAGCAAAGGUGUGCUAAAGGGGACUGCUGCCAAUAUAGUUCCUGUCUUGUUUGGAGAGAGACUGCCAACAUUGUGAAAGAAGGACGUAACGCUCUCCCCUUUUAACUCCCACUUUGAUCUCUCUCAGGUUUCAAGAUGUAUAUCAUUUGGUGGCUAGUUCCUCUACAAGAGAGUGCACUGUGUAGAUAAUUUUGUUUUACAACGCCAAAGUAAUACUGCUUUAUUUUUGAAAAAUAGUGGAAUAUGUAAGAAAAGGAGCAUGAAGAAGAUAGCACACUGAAUGAAGGUGGAGCUGAGAUUUCUAUUUCAGGUACAAACUAGCAAAAGGACUUGCUGAGAGUGAAGUCCAUGGUUCAGAUAUUGGAAUUAUUACGCAACAUGCUGCACAGGUGCUAUAGAGUGUACCAUGUUGUUGACUUACAAAAGAUGUUGAGAAGCAAUGAGGAUAUAAGCCAAAGGGUGUGGAAAUAUCAACUGUUGCUUCAGAUGUUGACAAGCAAUGAGGAUACGAACUGGGAAAUUGAUGUUUUGAGGCUAUAUGUUGCACCCACUAUCCUAGUGUUGGUGCCGUGGCUGCGAUGGACUUUGGAAGGUGUCAAUCCUUGGGUAGUCAAAACCUAGUGACCAAGUGGAGGAGAGAGAAUUGGCACUGUAGCAAAAAUAUUGGCACCUAUAUCUCAAGGCGCAAGGAUCAAGAAUGUCUAGACCUUAGCUGAAGACAAGCAUUUGUGGUUUGUGCAUAGUGUCAACACUCAGGACCCAAGUGUUGAGACCCUUAGUUGCUGACACCAUUUUUUAUGUAUGUUAUACUUGUACCCAUUCUCUACAUGCGGAUUAUCUUUAUAGGGGAUGAUUUUGAUCUAGACUAGGUCCCAAGAUUUUUUCCCAAUUUGGGUUUUCUAAGUAAAAAUUUUGGUGUUGA